AUCACUAUUACACUGUAUUACCUGGCUGCAAAACACGUUACCGUUGCUUUUUACUAACAUUUAUGAAAACGAGGCUAGAAUGAAUACAGUUUUACUUGAAUCAAAUUGUGUUUCAGCCCUCGUUGGUCUUCGUCCGCCAUCGUGGCAGACCUGGAAGGGACUUUCCGUCGUAAGAGAGUAUAAAUAGUAAGUUUCGGUUUCAGUUUGACAGUCUGAGCUCGGUCGCUCGGUCGACGGUUGGACAAGCAGCCGGCUGUAAAUCGUUAAAUUGACAAUUUUUUAGUUUGUUUUGAGGAAAUAUCAGUGUCGGUUAACGUUAUCAGACUUAUAUCAAACCACCGCGUCAAACUUGGGUUGACCACAGGAAAUAACCUGUGCAUUAUGCAGAAAAUGAGCUACUUCUCCCCGGCGUUCUUUGUAUGCCUGGAUGUGUGUGUGGUGCACGCCAUCCGCCUGGCCCAGCUCUCACCUCUCAUCCCCUCCCAUCCGUUCAUCGCCCUGUGGGGAGGUGGGCUGAUCAGGGCUUGCCUCCUCGCCCUUCUCAUCUUCACCUAUCCUGGAAGCCUACCAUGGAUGAGCAGCUUCGAGGGGCUACAGAGCUUAGGGGUCCUUUGCUUUCACUUCCCGGUGUACACCACUCUUCUCUGGACACUGGGGUGGUCCGCCACGGAGGAGCUGUGGGGGUGGCACUCCUGGGAAAGGGUGUUACAGGGUUACGUUGUGACAGUUGUGGCGUGGAUCUACUGGAGUCGCUAUGUGUUGUCUCUUCUGCUCUCCUGGGGUCGAUACGUCUCAUCUCUGCUGACGGGGGCGCCCUCUGAGAAGCCUGAAAAGGAGACCUGUACCCCUCUGCAGAGGCUGAUCGGAUUCAUGCUGCCAUACCGUGGUCGCUUUGUUGCUGUGCUGUUCCUCGUGGUUCUCUCUUCUUAUGGUGAGAUGGCCAUCCCUCAGUACACUGGCCGUGUGGCUGACUGGAUCAUGAAUGAAGAAGCACCUGAUGCAUUCACAGAAGCCAUCACAUUCAUGACACUCAUGACUAUUGCCAGCGCUGUGCUCGAGUUUGCAUGUGACCUCAUGUACAACGUCACCAUGAGCCUCGUGCACACCUCAGUGCAGGGAGCCGUCUUCCAGGCUGCUGUGAAACAGGAGAUUGCUUACUUUGAGGGCAAUCCGACAGGUGAACUGGUGUCCCGCAUUACCACGGAUACCAAUGAUAUGAGCGAGGCGCUGAGUGAGAAACUAAGUCUUGUGAUGUGGUACACAUCGCGUUUUGCCUUCCUCUUGUAUUUCAUGGUGACCCAGUCGUGGAAAAUGACCCUGCUCACAUGCAUGGGACUCCCGAUCAUCUGGGUUAUACCUAAACUCACUGGACAUCUCUACCAGACUAUUGCUGUGAAGGUUCAGGAGUCACUGGCUAAGGCCAACCAGGUGGCCACAGAGACCUUCUCCAACAUGAAGACAGUGAGAAGUUUCGCCAAUGAGGACGGUGAGACGGAGAGGUACAGGCGACAGAUGGAGCAAACUUUCGCCCUUAAUAAAAAAGAAGCAGCAGCCUAUGCAGCCUCAACUUGGGCUAACAGCAUGACCACUUUGGCCCUGAAGGUGUGUAUUCUGUACUAUGGAGGGACUCUGGUCACCAGAGGGGACGUGAGCAGUGGAGACUUGGUGUCAUUCGUCCUCUAUGAGCUACAGUUUGCCUCUGCUGUUGAGGCUGUCAUGCGUUAUUACCCCGAGGUUAGGAAGGCAAUUGGUGCCUCGGAGAAGAUGUUUGAAAUUUUGGAUCGCGAACCUAAAAUACCCAAAGAGGGCUCUUUGGAGCCCAAACAUCUUGAGGGACACAUUCAAUUCAAAAAAGUUACAUUUUCAUAUUCUGGCAGCACAGAGGAAAGCAAUCUCGUGCUCAAGGACGUGUCUCUGGAGAUGAAGCCAGGCCAAGUCACUGCCCUUGUAGGCCUUAACAGAUCAGGGAAGUCCACCUGUGUCAAGCUGCUGGAGAGAUUUUACCAGCCCAAGGCAGGAGCCAUCCUUCUGGAUGGGAGACCACUGCUCAGCUACAAAGACCAGUACCUACAUGAUAAGAUUGCUGUGGUGAGCCAAGACUGUGUGCUGUUUGCUCGCUCUGUGCGGGAGAACAUCAAGUUCGGUUGUGAGGAUGCCUCUGAUGAGGAUAUGUACAAGGCAGCCAGGCUGGCUAGUGCCCACGACUUCAUCGUGGAGCUGUCAAGCGGAUACGACACAGAUGCAGGGGAGAAGGGAGGCCAGGUGUCUGGAGGCCAGAAGCAGCGCAUUGCCAUUGCCAGAGCUUUAAUCAGACAACCCAAAAUCUUGAUACUGGACAACGCCACCAGUGACCUGGAUGCAGAGAAUGAAUAUCAGGUUCACCAAGCUUUGUUAAAGCAGGCAAACAACUGUUCAGUGCUGUUGAUCUCCACCAAGAUGAGCGUCGUAGAGAAGGCCGAUCAUAUCAUCGUCCUUGACGAAGGGAUGGUAAAAGAGGAGGGCACUCAUGAGGAGCUGCUGGAGAAAGGCGAUCUUUAUGCUGAACUAGUGAGAAAGCAGAAUAUGGGCUUUCACCGUCAAGAACAGGAGGAGGAUACGUACUGAUCUGUGCAGGCGGGGGUUGACUUCACGCUUGAGAAGCACUUCAGUUACAGGAAAGUUUCUGGUAAAAAAACAGUCCAAACUAAAAGGGUCAAAACUUCUGCAGUACUUGUACUAUAAAUAACAACUAAAUAGUGAGACCACACUACUAAUUACAAGUAUUUCUAGAGUUUUUGCCUAUUAAAAAUAUUUCGCUUCUUCAUGCACCUUAAAAGUAGGUGAUUUUUUUACUUGAAAUGUCCUAGACUGGUUCCAGUACAUUGAGAUAUUGAUGGAAAUUAUAACAUAGAGAAUUUUCUGGAAAAUAAUCAAAAUCGACAAAUGAAAUAAUUGGUACAAAAAAAGUCUGGCUCAUUGAUUUGCAACAUUGCCCACAAUGUUUUAAUAAAACCAGGAAUACAGUAUUAAAGGGAUAGCCUUCCUUGGUAUAAAUGAUACGGCAAUGAUGUGAAAAAAAUGUAAUCGUACCAUGGUACUUAUAAUCAUGUCAUCUAUCCUAAUGGGAUGUUUCCAUAUGUAAAUGGGAAUAAAUGGAAAUCAUCUUGAAGAGAGUUUAUGAUGAUGAGACACUUUUGUUUUAUACACUUAGCAAACAUAAAGUAGAUGUAGAAGAAAUUGGAUAUAUAAAUUGUAGUUAUUUCAUGUUACUGUUAUUUCAUAUUUAAGAUCAUAUUGCACUAUUUAAGAUGAGUGGAGUGUUUCUAUAUCAUCUGGUUGUACAUCAUUUUCUUAUUUGUCUUUGUUUUAUUUUGUGCACCUUUCCCUGUAUUGACUCUUCACUUAGGCAUGUUUUUUGUAAUCUUGUAAAUACUUUUUCACUCCGCCGAGCUUCAGCAAUAAAUCUUUUGGGGGUUCA